UUGGGAGAUAGGGUGCCACCCACGCUGUUGGCCAGGAAGCAGGGGGAAGAGGGGGGGUCAGGCCCUUCGUGCCUUCUUAGCACCCUUUGUCGCUGGGCUAUGGGAACCAGCAGGUGUGUGAAAGCUCAGAGAAGGGAAGGAACUAUGCUAGAAACACACAGCAUGUCACCCAGUCCAUUGCAGGCAUGGGGGGAAUCUGUGUUUCUCAGCUUUCCAACAGGUUUGACUAGAGCCCCAGGGUCAGGAGCAUCCAGGAUGCUGUGGGUAGCUGGGCAUCCAGAGUAACCUGCAGGCUGGGCUCUUACCGGACAGGCUCUGACCCCUGCCCAACCUGGGACACUGAGGCACAGGCCAAGAUGCUUAUCUUCUGCACAGCACAUUCCAGGGCACAAGACCCCCAUGACUUCCCAAGGGUGACUGAGGGACAAUGAUAGAUUAGGAUAUGUCCAGCCUCCUGUAAGCACCCCUUCUCCUGGAGUGGCAGGAGUCAGCAGGGCAGAACUGAGCCAGAAGGGGCCCAGGCCCUGCUCUCUGGUUGUGUCCCCCUGGGGCAUGCUUUCUCCAGUCCGCCCUCCCUGCCCCCACCCCGCCCUGGGCUGGCCGGGUUCCAGACAGCAGCCACAGCAUCAAUAUUUCAUCCGCGUCAAUAAGAGGCAGCGGCGGCAGGGACAGCGGCUGCAGCCAACACUUGCCAGCUCCAGUCCCCAGCUCGCAGCAGUCAGGUCCCGUCCUCGCAACCACCAUGGACGUCUUCAAGAAAGGGUUCUCCAUUGCCAAGGAAGGUGUGGUGGGGGCUGUGGAGAAGACCAAGCAGGGAGUGACAGAGGCGGCUGAGAAGACCAAGGAAGGAGUCAUGUAUGUGGGCACCAAAACCAAGGAGAACGUGGUACAAAGUGUCACAUCAGUGGCUGAGAAGACAAAGGAGCAGGCCAGUGCCGUCAGUGAAGCUGUGGUCAGCAGCGUCAACACGGUGGCCACCAAGACCGUGGAGGAGGCAGAAAACAUCGUGGUCACCGCUGGGGUGGUACGCAAGGAGGACUUGGAACAACCCACUUCUGCCCAGGACCAGGAGAACAAAGAGCAAGAGGAGGAUGAAGAGGCCAAGAGUGGAGGAGAGUAGGAGACUGCCAUCAGCCACAGAGGCCCAAGGGACACCCCUUCUAUCUUGGAUCCCGUCCCCACCUGGCAAAAUAAGUGUCCUGCCCAAAGUGCCCUGCGGGUUGCCCACGUUCUCUGCGACCCAGCCGGGUGCCACAAGCCUAUCCACGCGCGCACGCUACUGCCAGCGCCAGCGCCCCCUGCUGGCUCCUUUUACCCUAUGGCCCUCAGGAUCCCAUAGAUCAGAUGCUGCUGUAAUUUUUUUUUUUUUAAAUGAUUCCAAAUAAAACCUGAGCCCCACUUCC